AUCACUCACUCACGAGCGGCCAACCAAACGAACACUUGCACGGGCUGCACUCCGGUCAGAACCAGAUGGACUCCGCCGCCGCCGUGACCAUGGACGUCAAGCAGGAGGAGCCCGAGAUGGUGGUGCUGGACGACGACGACGGCGACGCGGGCUGCUGCCUGGCGCCGACGCCGCUGGACCUGUCGGCGGCCGCGGCGGUGCCGCCGUUCCUGGCCAAGACGUUCGACAUGGUGGAGGACCCGGCGACGGACGCGGUGGUGUCGUGGGGCGCGGCGCGGAACAGCUUCGUGGUGUGGGACCCCCACGCCUUCGCCGCCCGCCUCCUCCCGCUGCACUUCAAGCACGCCAACUUCUCCAGCUUCCUCCGGCAGCUCAACACCUACGGAUUCCGUAAGGUGAACCCGGACAGGUGGGAGUUCGCCAACACGGGCUUCCUCGGCGGGCAGCGCCACCUCCUCGCCGGCAUCCGUCGCCGCCGCGGCGCCGACACCGGCCGCCGUCCCGCUGCGGCAUUGUCGCCGUCGUCGUCGUGCGCGGAGGGCGCCGGCGGCUUCGGCCCAGUGGAGGGGGAGCUGGAGCGGCUGCGGCGGGACCGGGAGGCGCUGAAGCGGGAGCUGGCCGGGCUCAAGCGGCAGCAGGAGGAGGCGCGCGCGACGCUGCUCGACAUGGAGCGCCGCGUGGAGGGCACGGAGCGGCGGCAGGAGCAGUGCAAGGCCUUCCUCGCGCGCGCCGUCAGGAGCCCGGCCUUCCUGGCCAACCUGGCGCGCCGCAACGGCCUCACCGCGGCGGCUCCGGCGUCCGUCAUCGACGGCAAGAAGAAGCGGCGGCUUCUCAACGCCAACUCUUCGCCGCCGCCCGCGGAGGACGGGUUCACGUUCGAGGAGCUGGCACUGGCGGCCGGCGUCGUCGAGGAAGCGGCCGCGCCGACCCGGAGCGGCGUCACGACGGACAUGAUCUGGUACGAGCUGCUCGAGGAGGGGCAGGCGGAGAUAGACGUGGAGGUGGAGGAGCUCGUGGCCGCCGCGGGGGACAUGGAGCCGUGGGAGUUCGGCGAGGAGGAGGAUCCGGAUGAUGGAGUCUGUGGGGAUGCAAGGUGUGGAAGGGAGCGACAGUCAGUACGCUCCGGAAGUUCAGAUGCCUAGGAACUGGGAAGGUUGCAGAAUUGCAGACAGCCUGGUGAAAAAAUGGUGCUUUCAGGACUACUCCAUUUCAAGUCUAUUUCGUUGAUCCCCCAAAAAGAAGUCUAUUUCAUUGAUCAAUGAUAAAUGGACUACUCCAUUUCAAGUCUGUUUCGUUGAUCCCUCAAAAAAGAAGUCAAUUUCAUUGAUCAGUAAUGGUUUCAGCUCAUGAACAUGGAUAACUAAUAUGGACUAAACAUGUUGCUUUGUUUCUUCA